CGACAGUGGAGGCCAAGUGUAGGCCCCGUAAUAUUGCUAGGAAUCGGUCAAAAUUGAGACCAUUUGCACUGAUUGUGACAAUUAAAGGAAAUGAUGAAACAAAUGAUUGAAUGGACGCAGAAUGGCCUAUAGAUUUGCUUUGGUGUAUGUAAUGGAGUGAAUGCAGUGAAGCCAACAUUGGUUGGUUGUCGAGAGCAUCCUUUCAUCCCUUGCAUCCCAUCAUCACAUCUCAUAUGAUUUGCUUUCAUCUCUCACUCCACUGAUGGCUGCAAUUGUCAGAGCAUUUGCUCGCAUAUUGUUUGCAAUUGUUUUUCAUUUAUAACUGUUAUUCAUGUCAAGUAUUUAAUGUAAUAUAAGGUAACGUUGACUCACGAGUCAUACCUAAUAAUAAAUUUUAAUAAAUAAAUUAAAUUGUGAUAUAAAUAAUGGACUCGAAGAAGGCCAAAGCAAUCACUAUUGGAGAUCAGUUGAAUAAAUCGGUCAAAACGACUCCAGUACUCAUUUUGCCAAAUCAUAGCUUCACUAAACAGAUGUCUGAUAUAAGCAAUGCUUCACAAUAUUCACAGUUAGAUAAUAGCAGUCAUUCUGGAGUCACUUGUGUUCCCAAACUUAGCGUACAUUACAUCGUCUCUCUGAAUAACGAACCGCCGAUUAUCAGUUCCGGUAAGCAUUUGGAUAAUGAAAACUCCAAUCAUAUUAAAACCGAAACCAUUGAUGGCGAGAGAAAGUGUUUGAUUUCAUUACCUCUGGAGAGUUGUCAUAAUGACUGCGAUUCCAAUACUCUUAAAGCCAACCACUCGAUGACUAACCAAAGACUACUAAUAAGUCCGACAGACUUCUUGACGUUAACUGAAGAUGGAAUCACUCACAAGAACUCUGCCGUCAGGAAAGACGUGAAUCUGUCUGCGAGUAGUCUUGAGAUCAUUCGCCGCAAUACCGUUGACACCAAUUUUGCCAUUUGUUUGGACCGGUAUUGCGAGUCACCUCUCCUUCUGGAGGCGCACAAAGACUCGCAACUCAUUUGCGACGAUGAGAUCUCCUGUAAUGGAAGGAACUCCAGACUAUCAGAGAGUCCCGAAGAUAUGACAACUGAUGAGCUCUUCGCCAAUACGUUCGGAACGGAUCAGUCGACGUCUUUGAGAGAAGUGGUCACUCCUAUUGAAGUGGAAAGCGCUAGAAAUACACCGAUUCCUCUGCAUAAAGAAAUAAUUGUCUCGAAUAAAAGCAAAACGAAUAUUGAAAGCAAUAUUCUUUGUGAGGAUAUAAAGCCAUCGAUUGAGACAAUUGAAGCGAAACCGGUUUUGACGACAUUGGAUGCGAUGGAGAGUUCGGCCAAUAAUUGCAGUUCUCAGACACAAACUGAUAGCUCAUUCUCAAUGAUCUCUUCCCAAUCAGACAUCAAUGUCUCGACUUCACAGUCCCUCUCAUUGACAACACUAGACAUAAAAGUAUUGCCGACAGGAAUGUUAGCCAAAGAUUCCAUAUUAUUGGCCAAUUUGGCGGCCGCUCUCCCAUCUUCUCUCACUUCCAGACAAAUAGCUCUUCAAGUGAUCCGAGAAGACGGCACUUCUCUGGUCUUACCAUUAAAUACAAAGCAUGAGAACAACGAUGUCUUGUCCACAAAGGAGGGCCCCAGUGAUCUUGGGGUCAGUUCUUCACUGGUAUUGGCAGAAGUGGUUUCGCCCAACGAGUCCAUCAGACCAUUCAAAUGCGAGUUAUGUAACUCAACAUUCACUCGACUGGGGAACUACACCAGACAUAAGAAAAUACAUUCCUAUCCCUCCAAGGAGGACCAGCGCUUCCGGUGCGACAUAUGUAGCAAGUCUUUCAUCCAACGCUGUGAUCUGGCCCGACAUCUCCACAUACAUCGCGGCACCGAACCGCACCGGUGUUCACAAUGUGGAAAGGGAUACAUAAGACACAGUGAUUUGGUUACUCAUCAACGGUUCCACAAUAAAGAGAAAAUCUUUUCGUGUCCGCACUGUAGUAAAGGGUUCUGUCAGAGGGGAGACCUGAACCGUCACUUGCGGUCAAUUCAUUUGCAGUUAAAACCGAUUCUGUGCUCAUAUUCUAACUGUCAAAAGAAGUUUGCGAAACAGGAAACCCUCUUAAGACAUAUUAACUCAAGUCAUAGGGAUCUCAUUGAAGACGCAACUGAUCCACAAUUCAAGUGAAUUGAAACUCAUGUUAUGUUUGUUUUCAAUCUUUUACUUCAAUCUAAC